AUGCAUGCCUCGAGCACACCCCAAAGCAGCCGCUCGAACCUCCGCCCCGUCAGCUCCAACGACAAUGCCGGCCCGCACAAGCUCACGCCCCAGGAGGCAGCCUUGCGAGGCGCCUCCCUCGCCUUCUCCAAGCAGCAGCAGCAGGCGCGGCGGCAGAGCCUGACGCCCAGCUCCAACAACCCGGCUGUCUUCUCGCCGCAGGACGGUGGCGCGCUCGUGGCAGCCACGUCGGCCUCGAGGGCACGGUCCCCGACGGGCAGCACCACUGGCAACAGCAGCGUCGUGCUGGAUGGUGAUGCCGGGCAGGCCACCGAGCAGGAGAGGGAGCGCCUGGCCCUGUUCCUGAGCUCGCCCGGCUCCGAGCAGUCAAGGGGCCCGUACCUGCUGCCCCCCGGCGGCAGGGCGGCGGGCACGGCGACAGACCCCAAGUCCACGAGCUUCAUAGCUGCCACGCUCGCGGCGAGCAGGAGCGUUAGCCCUGGCUCCGGCCCGGCCGUGCAGGGCGGCAGUGAUGAAAGAACCGCCCCCGGGGAGGCCACGCCUCGGCGAGCCGGCGCCUAUCCGGAGGAAGCCCACUGCCAGGACGGACAGCCCGGCGGCGACCAGGAUGUAGACCCCGUCAAGGACAGUCCAAGCAGACCCCUUGUCAACAGGUCCAAAGGGUGGCCCCUCCCGGAUACGAAGCUCGACUACGAUAACGAAUACAAUAAAGACUCAGGCGUGGAGAGUAUUAAACCGAGACGGAAGCCUGUGCCCAAGACGAAGCCCAAGCCUAGUCCUAAGCCUAAGCCCAAAAUUAAGACAACUCCCAGGGACGGGACUCCACCUCCGCCAGUUGUCAGGAGAGCCAACACCGAGAUAGUAUCGCCGAAACCUAGGAGGCCUGAUACAAGACCCAAGCUGGAGUUUGAGGCCCCAACGCCUUCGACUGAGGAGACGGAGAAACCUAACACCACAAGCCCAGAAGAGAGGAAACGCAAACCAGAGCCGCCGAAACCGAAGAAGUUGGAGAAAAGUGAAGCCACUGAUCAACGUACGGCCGACCCUUCAGAGCCCAAAGACAGUGUGGUCUCCGAAUCAAGGCCUCCAACCUUACCAGCCCGGUCUUCCUUUCCACCUGUGGCAGCCAAGCCACCUGCGCCGAAGAAGAGGCAGACCAUACAGAGACUUUCCCUCGUGCCGAGCUCUGAUGGCCAGGACUCGUCCACGUCCACCUCACCUAACGACAAGGCCGACGGCAGGCCUUUGACCGGCGAUUCCAUGUCAUCCAACGAUACCUUCGUGUCAGCAUCCUCGACACCUACCCGGGCGGAAUCACCGCCCGUCUUCGAUCCUGCGUCUCGUACACUGACGCCAAAAGCCCUACCACCGCGUUCGGCUUCAGCCCGACCGGUCACCCCUGCUUUCUCAGCGCGCACACCGCCACCAGUGCCGCCUUCCCGCCGCAAGGGAGGCGCGAGGAAAGCAGCCAGCCGGGCCGCGUCCCCCCACCACAUGAAGAAGACUCUGCGUGACCACCGGCCCAAGUCAGACGACGAAGACGCCCGGAGGCCUCACCACAAGAAGGGCCUCAUCAACAGCAAGAAGCACACCCACCACGAGGGGUCGCGCCGCAGGUGGCGCGAGGAGAUCACGGAGCGCGAGAGGAAGCGCUACGAGGCCGUGUGGGCGAGCAACCGCGGGCUGUUCCUCGUGCCGGCGAGCUCGGAUCCGGAACACAACCACAGGGCCGGCGGCGGCGGCGCCACCGCGGUGCGCGACCGGAGCCACGAGGAGCUCUCUGAGCAUGUGGCCAGCGUGGUGGUGCGCGACAUCUGGUCCCGCAGCAGGCUGCCCGAGCCGGAGCUCGCCGAGGUGUGGGACCUGGUGUACGGGCUCGGGCAGGAGGGCGGCCCGCGGGUGCGGGCGGCGCUGGGCAAGAGCGAGUUCGUCGUCGGCACAUGGCUCAUCGACCAGCGCCUCCGGGGCCGCAAGAUCCCGCCGCGCGUGAGCGACAGCGUGUGGAGCAGCGCCAAGGGACUGUGGUCGGCUGCUCGCAACCCUAAUCAUCAUCAUCACAGGAAGGGUAAGGGCAAGGGGGUAUAA